UCCCGCUCUUUUUAUUGAUUCAUUUCCGUAAGGCAAAAAUCUUAAACUUGUCCCUCCCAGAAGAGGAAAUCCAGUUUCCCAAAAUGGAAAGCCAUGGAAAUUGAGAGAACAAAGCUGAAGAGGAAGCCCCUUGUUGAUUGCACCAACACACUCUCCAGAGCUUCUUCUGCAAUCAAGGAGUCUUGCUCCAAACCCAUUUUAGCAAACCCCAAGAAAUUCGACUCUAAAACCAGUGGGAAAAAUCCUAACAAGUACUGUCCCAAAACCAGUGGGAAAAACCCUAAGAAUGACGACUCUAAGACCAGUGUUGGAAAUCCUAGGAAACACGACUCUAAGACCAGUGGUGGAAAUCCUAGGAAACACGACUCUAAGACAAGCGAAGAAAGCCCUAAUAAGUAUGAGACCAGCACCGGUUCAAGUGAUGCAGCGAGCUGGAAGAUUCAAAGUUUCGGGCAUCCAACUCCUUGCCCUAGAAUCUCGACUGAAACUGAUCUGCCUGGAUGUGAAAGCAUAGACCAAGAUGUGGUCCCAAAGUGCAAAUCAUUUAAAAGAAAGAAUGGAGAACUAUUACCUGCUAGUUGCCCUCCCAUUGGGGGGAUUGCACGUUUCUGGAAGAAAUUGGGGAAGCAGGUUUGUGAAGCAGGUCCUUCAAAAGUACAGACAGACGAGCCUGUUCAGGAAAAGAAGAAGAGAUGGUAUUCAAUGCCUGAGCUGCUCUCCCGAGAUUUCAUAGAAGAGCAAAGAGCCAAGUUUGCUGAGAUUGACGCAUUUGAACUGGAAGAGGAAGUAGCAUCAGAGAGUGAGUGAGAAUGACAGAAUUGAGGAUUAAAUAAAAUCACCACUAGUCUUCCACACUAUUUUUAGCUGAAAAAAUGUUCCCCAUAUUACUUCCAGCACUAACCCUGAAUUGUAUUGGUAUUGGCUGACAUGUAAGGCAGCCUUCUGUUAAACUUUUUGGCGCGGCUGAUGCGGUUUCCCUUUGUAUUAUCGUUAAACCUCAGUCUGAUAUCAUGUACUCUCUUUGAUUGGUGCUAGAAGUUUGUAUUUGAUACUAUUGACUAAAUUCUUUGAACAUGUUCUCAAAGUCUCAUACAUUCUUGAUA